CUGUCCAUGAGCCCCAAUCACUCCCCACUGCUUCUCACCGGGAUUCUAAAUGGAAUAUUGAUAUAUUUUAUUCUAUUUUCCCUAAAAGCUGCCACUUGCAGGUUUCUGCCUUCUUAAAACCACAGGAAGUAGGCUGUAGCAAAAUAGAUUUACAUUCACUAAAAAAAAAAGGAAAGCUGAUCGGUGUGAUAUUUUUGGAUGCCAUAUUGCAUGAUAGGAUGAAGUUUUGAUUUCGCUUUUGGAUUUAGAGCAAUCCAUUUUAGGUGUUGUUGUUCCUGAUGAUCACCAUGCCAGGAUUGUAUAACAAUCUGAUUUUUCGCUGGGAGACACACGAUCAUGGACUGGUACAGCAGACACAUUGUGUUGAUCUGGGAAAGAUGCCUGUGGAAAGGAUGCGCAUGAGGCCUUGGUUAGAGGAACAAAUAAAUGGCGAUAACAUUCCUGGACUCAAAUGGAUAAAUAAGGAAAAGAAGAUUUUUCAGAUACCUUGGAUGCACGCUGCUCGACACGGCUGGGAUGUGGAAAAAGAUGCCCCUUUAUUUAGGAACUGGGCCAUUCAUACAGGAAAGUAUCAGCCGGGAAUUGACAAACCAGACCCCAAGACCUGGAAAGCAAAUUUUCGGUGUGCAAUGAACUCUUUGCCAGAUAUAGAAGAAGUAAAAGAUAAAAGUAUGAAGAAAGGAAACAAUGCCUUCAGGGUUUACAGAAUGAUACCUAUGGCAGAAAGGCCUUCUAAAAGAGGUAAAAGAGCAAAGACUGAAAAGGAAGAAAAAAUUAAACAGGAAAAGCAGGAGGAACCUAGUCAGACCCCAUUGCCAUUAAUGAAUGGAAUAUGUACAGUCACUCCUCAAUAUACAAUCUUCUCUGGUGUGAUAAAAGCAGAGGUCGACAGCACUGUGAGCAUUGUAGCAGAAGACCAUGUAUACAGUAACAGUGUGGUAGAAGAGAUGAUCGUCACCAAUCCCCCAGAUGUAUGUCAAGUGGUUGAAGUAAUGACAGAAAGCGACGACCAUCCCAUUAACAAGGCACAGCAUUAUCCAUUACAGAUCUCACCAGUUUCUUCGUUUGCAGAAAGUGAAACAGACAGCGUACCUAGUGAUGAAGAAGGUGUGGGUCGACUUCACAUGCAAAAGAACAGUGAAAAUAAGGAAUGUGUAAGAACGUCAAGCCCCCGAGCGUUGUACAAUCUACCAGGCAUGGCGACAUUUGUCAACAAACCAGACCUUCAGGUCACCAUAAAAGAUGAAAAGUGCCCCUUGCCCUACAAUACUUCCUGGCCAAUGAUCCCGGAUGGUAGUACGUACCACUUACAAAUAGGACCAACAUCAUCGAUGAACACCCGGAAAGACCAUGAAACUAGAGCUACUGUUAUUAAGAAAACAUCAGAUGUCACUCAGUCAAGACUCAAAACAUACUAGGUGAAUUAUAUAUGUUAUGUCUGCAUUUUGGAAAGCUGGUUUCCAAGAAUUUUUAGCAACACCUAUUUGAAACACGUGACUGUCUUUAUGAGAUGCUGCUUACCGAAAUGUAAAAUUCCUAAUGCUUGGAACGUGGCUGUGGGCAUCUCCUAGUAAAGGAUAACUUUUCUCAGGAUUCGGUGGCACAGUAAACGUCAGAGGACCAACACCCAUUCAAGGAAAGAGCACGGUCGCGAGGCAACUCGAGAAGGUCUUUGUGUGAACUACAAAAAUGUGAAAUUGCUAGAAUAUUAUCUUUUUUUUUGUAAAAGAAAAUCUAUAUUGUAAAUAUGUAUAUUUUAUACAGCAGUUCUAGCAAAUUUGCAGUAUGCUUGUGCACCUUACAAAACAAGCACUUACACAGGAAAAAAAAGGCCUUCUAUUGUUAUACUCCAGUUGUUUUUGUAGGCAGCAAUCCUACACAGCCAGAAUCAUUUGAAGAGUCAAUAAUCGUUCAUUGCUUGUGUGUUAGAAUCGAAUUACGAGAAUUGAAAAGGUCUGUAUAAAUUAAGUAAAGCAAAUAAUUAUUUAAUAAUAAUAAUGAUAAAAAAAAAAAAAAAGCUGUUUUGGUUUUGUUCAUGCUUUGCUCAUGCCUGGUACAUAAAAAAAAUCUACUUCUACCCCAGCACUGAAUGUUUUAAUAUAAAAAUUAUGCAAACAUUAUAAAUGACAAAAAAAAAAAAAAAAUGAAUAACCUCUCUAAAGCAAGCAUUUUUAUUUUUUUAUACAGGGGAUAUUUUAUUUGCAGUGAAAAUCCAAAGUGGACAUAAUUGUUUUCUAUCUUUUUUAUACAGCAGAUUUAUUUUAUGAUUCAGUUUCCUGUUUGUCAGCAAGAAAAAUAUAUAAAAAACUAAGUUUGUUGUGGGACAUUUUCUUAACUCUUGUGUUUCCUAACAUGAAACUGAAAUAUUGAUUUAUUAUGUAGAAUUCAAAUUAUCCUGUGGAUUGAUAAAUAAAUAUGAAAUGCAAUUUUAUUUGUAAA